UUUCGCAACGUCUGUUGACAAAAGACAUUUAAUUUUGCCCAGUUUGUCUCGCCUCCUGUGCGUGAAGUAUAGUACGAGUAUCUGUAUCUGUAUCUGGAGCUGAGCAAUAAAGUUAGUCGUUGUCGUGGUUUCUUUUCAGAUGCUUUUUUCGAAUGGCCCUCGUCGUCGGGUCCUUUCUUUGCUCGAUUUUUGGUCUCCGCCGGCUAGCGAAAACUUUGAUAAGUGAAAUUUAUAGUGGGUGCUUUGUGUGUCCACAGUGAUGGAUACACGGCAAGAAAAAGUUAUGUAGAGUAAUUAUUUAUUGCCUGGUGAAUGUAAUUCUUAGUCUACCAAUGAGAUCUAGGUAAGGAUUAUAAUAUAUCCUAAUUAAAACCCUUUGAUUGCAAACUAUUUAGUACUUUUUUCAGAUGUAGCAACUAAAGACACAAGAAUGUCAGACUGAUGGCGCUCUUAAUGUUUUAUGGCAUCCAGUUGAUGUUUAUUAUUUUCCGCAUAAAUCAGUAGAGCAAUAACAUGGCAAAAGGGAACAACGAUCCUGGAGAGAUCCGUUCAGCGAUCCUAUACAAUCAAUUCCACUUCCCGCAUUCCAAUACCCAUUUAAUUUUAGAACCUUCUGUAUAGCAAUUUAAAUAGCCCCGAGUUGCAGUUCCACCCCCGGAGCCGGGCUCAUUAAUUUACGUAAAAUCCACUUAACUUCUUUCCCGUACGCAAUAAAUUCCACAACUUUGCGCCUCAUCAACCCAAAUGAAUGGUGAAAUUCGGGAUGCGACAAAGUCAGACAAUAGAAUAGAUAGAAAUCUACAUGAAGUAGACGCCACGACGCCGCUUAAAUUUCGGAACAUGUGGUGUUAUGAUGAGGUCGGGGAAUAGCUACCAACCAACCAACCAACCCACCACCCACCGGUACGGUAGCCACCCACCACCACCAAGGCCGCAGCCACCCCAAAUCCUUGGAAAAAGGGUGCAUUGAUAUGCGUAAGCGAAGCAAUUUUUUUUAGGCUGCUUUAGCCUGGGAAUUCCCCCGGAAGAAUUACGUGCCGGUGGAAUACGGAGCCCAAAACCCAUGCCAAUGCAUUGCCAUCAUUUCAGGCAAUUGUCAAACAAAACGUGGGGGUGGUGGUGGGCGGAUAAAUUAGAUUUUUACUUGCGCGCAAUUGCAUAAAGUCCUGAGCCGGGACCAGGAACACAGGGCCCAAAAGCCCGACAAUGUAAUCCUCAGAGGACUUCCUCGUAAAUAUUCAUUGCACACGGCCAGGCGUUUGAGCUUAAAGUUCUAUCAUUCAUCUCCCCAUUUCUAGCUUUUUCAAGGUCUUUGCCAAAUUUUGGGGCGGCGGCAAUUACAUUUUCACCACCCACCCAAUGUCCUUGGCGUGCGCUCGCCACCCCCACCGUCCCCCAAAACGAUUUCUUUUGGGGUUGGCUGUAUUCUCGAAGGGUGUCGAACUAUAAAUUGUACCUUUUGUUGCAGUUUUUUUUCUCCAUCGCCUUGAUCCCCCUCGUGGUGGGAUGUCUUUAAUAAAUGUUUGGAUGUUUCGUUGGGAGAUUAAGUGGAUUCCGUUUAUGGCAUGAGUAAUGAUGGAUGCAUAAUGCGCACGUAUGUGUCAGGUGUCGGGGGGUGGAAUUUAUCAAGUGGCUAUGUGGCUGCGGCUGUGGCUUGGCCAGAAGAAAUUGGUAAUACAAAGCUGAGCAAAUAUAACAAUCUUACUAGAAAAUGAUAAAAUGUUUGGAUUAAAGUGUAUAACAAAGAAACAAGAACAAUAGGCAGAACAUGUGGAGAAUCUUUCUUCUUGAAGAUCACAAAUUAUUAAUAAUUGCAUUGUUAAUAAAUAAUCUUCAAUAUAAACAAAGAAGCUUUUGUGAAACAUUGAUACUGCCUGCUUGUAAACCUUAUCACUAACAGAUUGCAUUAUCAGUUCAAGCUAUAUUUGUAAUCUAAUUACAAAGAUCACAGUAAUAGUUCCAGUUAGAGAGUCAACCUAUUAAGACGCUCCAUCGAGUGUUACUAAAAUGUAUUCAAGUAAAAUAUUAAAAUCCUCGGCAACAAAGCCAAUGAUUCAGAUACAAACGCUGGGAGCCGACUGGGUGCCUUUAAGCCAAGACUGGACCAAUCGAUGGUGCACUUUACCCGAGGCUUAUGACCAAGAUUUUUCGAAAAGAAUCCAUGACUUCGAAACUAGGGAAAGUGAUGUUUUUGUGGUGACAUUUAUGAAAUGUGGAACGACCUGGAUGCAGGAACUGGCCUGGCUUUUGCUAAACAAUUUAGAUUUUGAGAGGGCCAAGUCAAAUUUUUUGCUGAGACGUAGUCCCCACAUCGAACACUCUGCCAUAGACAACAAGGUUACUGUGGAUAAUAUAUCCAUGUGCGAUCAAUUGAAGGAUGAUCGCCGUCUUAUUAAAACACAUUUACCAGCCCAAUUGCUGCCAAAACAGAUUUGGUUAAAUAAAAGAAAAAUCAUAUACGUGGCUCGCAAUCCAAAGGAUGUUUUGGUUUCUUCGUACCACUUUCUUACCGGCAUAGGACUCUGGCAGGGAAGUUUGGAUGAGUUCACCAAUCAGUUUAUCGAGGAUCGGAUAAUAUUCACAUCGUACUGGUCGCAUGUUAUGGAUUUCUAUCGAAUGCGUCACGAACCUAAUGUGUUCUUUAUCACUUACGAAGAAAUGAAAAAGGAUUUGAAAAGCAUAGUUUCAAAAUUAUCCAAAUUUUUGGAGUGCAAGGAACUAAAUGAAAAUGAAAUGGAAAAGUUGUUAGAACACUUGUCAUUUGCAAAUAUGAAAGACAACGAGACUUGCAAUCCCACUGAACUGAUAAAGAAAGUUUUUAAUGUAAAAACUGAUUUUCAAUUUAUGCGAAAAGGAGUCAUAGGGACCCACAAAGAUGAAUUAACACCUGACCAAAUAAAAACGGUGGAUACCUGGUCUUCGAAUUAUUUAAAAGAGUAUGGUCUGAUUGAAAAUAAUAUUUUUAGUCAUUUUUAGUCAAAAAUUAUAUUAUUUUGUAACAACUAGUUCAUAGAUCUAUAUUCUAGUUCCUUUCUCCUAAUUAUAAUUUCAUGCUUUAGUUUAAAGUGUGAAAAAUAUUAUAGAGAACCAUCAGUUGCUUGAUGGAAAUGAACGAUUCAA